UCCGUAUAAUAAUAAUGCAAUUUGUUGUAAGUACGUUGUUUAUUUGCUGUUAGUACGUAGUAGAUAAUAAUAAUAAAUUCAAUGCAUAGUUCUGUUGCCUUUUGUCGAAUUGACUGUAUAAAACAGUUAGAUAAAUUGAAGUGAAAUCAUAGGUUAUGUCAAAAAAAACUACAAAACAAAGAAAGAAGAGGAAUUUCAGAAAAAAAAGGUUUAUAAUGUUUGAAGAUUACGAAGACGAGUCUUCCUCCUCUUCGGGGGCUGAAGUGACGCCUACGAGAAAAAAUAACUCCAAUAAUCACCUUCAAAAUGUACAGAACAAUCCAUCGAUCUUAUCGUCACUCAGAAGUGUAUUAAUCGUUUUAAGUACGGCAUUAAUUUGUUUUGCGGCUGCGAGAAAUUCAAUUACUUGGCAUUGUCAACGAUUCUGGGGUGCUUCGGGUGAUUUUUGGCAAGCGCAGUGGAAUAAAUUUUUGGAUAUAGCGGGCGAAGAUCCGUUCAAUCUUUGGGUUUACGGAUCAUUGCUUAUAACUUUCGGUGUUUAUUGGUUAUUCGGCGGUAUUUACACUUUCAUGGACGUCACCAACUUACCGUCGGUUAUUAGAAGAUAUAAAAUCCAACCGGGUACCAACGAACCCGUAGAUAACAAAAAACUAAUGCAUGUAAUUUAUUGCGUUCUGUUUAACCAAUUCGUGAUGGGUAUACCAAUAUCGUUUCUGAUGUACUGGGCUAUGAAAUGGAGAGGAUACCCACCUUUACGUGAACUACCCACUUUCCAUUGGGUGUUGUUCGAAUUGGCUGUCCACAUUUUAACCGAGGAGAUCGGUUUUUACUAUUCCCAUAGGGUUUUGCAUAGUAAGUAUUUAUACAAGUACAUUCACAAACAACACCAUGAAUGGACGGCACCAAUAGCAGUAACGGCUAUUUAUUGUCAUCCAAUAGAACAUAUUUUUUCGAAUCUUUUACCGCCAUUUUUGGGAAUUUUUCUAAUGGGUUCACACGUUGCUACUUCCUGGUUAUGGUUUACGCUCGCCAUUUUAUCUACGUUGAACGCCCAUUCGGGUUACCAUCUACCGUUUUUCCCGUCGCCGGAAGCCCACGAUUUCCACCAUUUAAAAUUUAAUAAUUGUUUUGGCGUACUUGGUGUACUAGAUAGAUUACACGGAACGGAUACUAGUUUCCGUCAAUCGAGGACUUACAUGCGCCAUAUCAUGAUGUUGAGCUUCAUACCGCCUAGGGAAGCCUAUCCCGAGCCUGAUACUUGCAAACAUAAACUUGGUAAACGUCGUUAAUCGCGUUUUUUUGCACUUUGAAACGGAUUUAAAUGUACACAUAAUGCACCAAAAAACGAACUUUUACAUAUAUAAUAGACAUAAAAGUAAUAAAAAAUUGAAAACUAAGAA